AUGAGCAUGAAGCGUAAACGGUCACCACCACCGCCCGCACCCAAGGUCGAGCCUUCAGAAGGCGGAGGCCUGGAAGUGACAGUAAAAACGGAGGAGAGCGCAAUGAGGAUCAAGUCCGAGGAGGAGGCUGGCAUCAGCAGGCUCCGAGAAGUGGUCAGAGCGACCUGCGAUGGACUGGGGAUGGAGCGAAGCGACAUCGACGACGUCGACGUGAAGCCUAAGCGCGAGAUCGAGAGGCUCCAAGGGAUCAACGACGACGCGCGCGAUCCACUGGAUCAAUUGAGGCUGCAGAAUGGCGAUGUCGACGAGGGCGACGCGGGGCCUUCGGUAGGUACGCGGAGCGGGGUCGCCGUCGAGGAUAGCGGAGGAGAUGACGGGCACGGAGAAGGAAGAGAAGGAGGAGUUGACGGGAUAGGAGGAGGAGGAGGAGGGGGAGAUGAUGGGAGCGGGGCGAUGGAGACGCAGACAGACGGCGGUGAGUGCGUUCAGUUCACUGCGGAGGGUGCAUGCCUUGACGACGAUGGCCAAUUUGGCGCAGGUCGUGUGAGAGGUGUUGGCGCAGAGGAAGGGCCGCAGCUUAAAGUGAAUAACGGUGGCGUUCGUGAUGGAGAAGGAGGGGCUGACCCAGGGAGGCCAAUCGAGGCUCUGGGCGGGCCCUUGACAGCGGAAGAUGGAGAAAAUGGCGAAGCUCGUGGGGCCUCCGAUCGCGACCGAUCCCCUCGAGUGCGACCUGUUACGGAGGGGAGAGGUACGACGUCGACGCACCAAGAGGCCGGUGAAACGCAGACGGAACGCGAGGAUCAUGGUAGUGGACCUGGAGAGUGUGGAGAAGACGAUGACGUUCGUGGUGAGGAGGGGGUGGGUGAUGAAGGAAAUGGAGGCGACGGAAGCAGAUCACGCGCUGGGGCCAAAAAGAGGAAGGUCGGACGACCGCGCGGGAGUGGAAGGAAGAGCGAGCAGGAGAGGGUGGCCGAGAGGGGGUGGAUUCCGCCGAACCGCGCGGACAGAGAGGUGGAGGACAAGGCCGUGAAGCGGCGCAGAGCAUCGUUGAGGCCGAGGAAGAAAUGA